AUGAAACAUGGCUUCAAAGGGAAUAAUUUGUACGGUAAGCACUUUUGUUAAACCCCUGUAACUCACUUUCAAAACAUUUUAUUUUUAUUCGUAAUGGACAGGUAAAGGGUGCAAUCCUGGAAUUUCUUGACAGCAACAAUGGGGAAGAAAAGGGUAGCAAUCAUCGGUGCUGGGGCGAGUGGACUGACGGCAAUCAAAUGUUGUUUGGACGAAGGUCUUGAACCAGUAUGUUUUGAGAAAUCUGAUAACAUUGGUGGAUUGUGGUAUUAUCGAAAGGAGAGGGAUGAUCAGGCAUGUGUGUAUAAGUCAACGGUUAUUAACACCAGUAAAGAGGUCAUGUGUUAUAGUGACUUCCCUAUUCCAGAUGACUUCCCAAACUUCAUGCACAACAGACUUGUGCUAAAGUACUACCAUCUCUUCUGUGACCGUUUUGAUCUUCGUAAGUACAUCCACUUUCACACUAAAGUAGAUUCUGCUGUCUUUGCUGAUGACUUCAACGAAACAGGACAAUGGAAAGUUACAACUCAUCAAGAAUCUGGCAAAUCAGUGACUGAGAUCUAUGAUGCUGUUCUUGUAUGCACAGGACAUCACUGUACACCACACCUGCCAGAGUUUGAUGGAUUAAAGGACUUUACAGGUCGAAUACUCCACACACAUGAUUACCUCACACCGGAAGGUUUUGAGAAUAAGCGCAUCUUGAUCAUAGGAGUGGGUAACUCUGGUUGUGAUGCUGCUGUUGAAUUGAGCAGUCCUGCAUCACAGGUCUACCUGAGUACUCGUCGAGGAAUGUGGGUUCUCCACCGUUUGUCUAAUGGUCGUAUCUUUUUCCCUCAGAGAUUUUUUGAUGUUUUGCCUAAUUCAGUUAAGGAAAAGGCAUUCAGGUCUAUUGUAGAGAGUAGGGUGGAUCAUAAGUUUCUUGGUAUCCAACCUGAACACUCAUUGCUAGCUCAACAUCCGACUGUCAAUGACUUUCUCCCAAACUGUAUUGUAAAUGGAUCAGUCAUCAUCAAACCAGACGUCAAGCGCUUCACAUCAACUGGUGUUGUGUUCCAAGAUGGAACCACUGAAGAUCUUGAUGUUGUCAUCCUUGGAACUGGGUACAUCUUUAGAUUCCCUUUCCUUGAAGAUUCUGUGAUCAAAGUAGAGCAGAAUAAGCUACCGCUCUACAAGUAUGUGUUUCCAGUUAACCUUCAGCAUCCCACCAUUGCGUUUUUAGGGUACAUCCAACCAUUAGGUGCCAUCAAUCCCAUAUCUGAGCUCCAAGCCAGAUGGGCUACAAGAGUGUUUAAAGGUCUUACAAAGCUACCUUCAUCAGAUCAAAUGAAAGCUGACAUGAUGAGUAAAGAAGAAGCCAUGGCGAAACGUUACGUCUCCUCUCAACGACAUACCAUCCAAGUUGAUUUCAUUACAUAUAUGGAUGAGGUUGCUCGAGAGUUUGGAGUUAAGCCAGAUUUUUGGAAGAUGUUGCUUUCUGAUCCUGUCCUAGCUAUGAAGUGCGUCUGUGGUCCAUACACACCGUAUCAAUACCGUCUAGUUGGACCAGGUCAAUGGAGUGGCGCCCGUGAUGCUAUCAUGACAAUAACGGAGAGGGUCAACAAACCUUUACAGUCUAGGAAGGUACAGGUUUCUCAGAGUCGAAGUUUCUUGAAUAGUUGGUUGAUUUAUGCCAUCGUUUUGUUUGUUGCUCUUUAUGUUCUUUGGCGUUAAGACUUAAAUCUCUUUGGGAAGUGACACAACUUGUACCUUUUCUCCAUUCAAUCAACAAUUCAUAUAUAUCAUGACCAUCAAGACUUUGAAAAAAAAAGAAUGUAUGUAACAAUUUCAUUACUGAAAUAAUGAAUCAAGUGUACCUUUGACAUAACUACAUGGACAUCAUAAUGAUUUAAUGGCAAUUUGGCUAACUUUGGUCAUUAUGAUGAGCCAUAUUUGAUGAAAGUACGUUGUGUUUAAUGUCCGCAUUUAAUAUACUGUAGGAUCUCACUGAAGUCAUAAAGGUCAUCAAUUUUUUGUUAUAGCUUAAGUUUUGAGACUUUAUUAUUCUGGAAAGACUUAAUACAUACAUCGUCUGCUUACUAUUUUGCAAAGUUUCAAACGAAAAUUUGGUAUAUAUAUAUAUAUAUAUAUGAUUCACCUACUAUACAAAGUGGAUAUUACACAAUACGGGGAUAGGCUAACUGGAAAUUAGACAAGAUGGUUCGUAGGCGGCCUGGUGUUGGAUGAAAUAGGAAUAGACCAAGUGGAA